GUGGGUGCUGGAGGGGACGCGGCCACCAGUGGGGACGCAGCCACCGGCGAGGACACAGCCGUCCACAAGGACACGGACACCGGUGGCUCUCCGGGCCCAGGGAAGGUGGUGCCACACGCCUGGUGGGUGGCACAGGGGCCACCAAGCUGAUCUGUGGUGGAAGGCAAUGGUCCCAGUACCCAACAGCACAGCGGUGGUGUGGGGUGGUGAGGCGGCAUGGCCGGAGCCAGAGCGGUCACCCUGCAUGGUCGGCAUCUUCCCCAUCGUGUAUUACAGCGUCUUGCUGGGGCUGGGUCUGCCAGUGAAUAUCCUGACUGCUGUGGCCCUGUCCCGCCUUGCCACAAGGACCAAGAAAUCAUCAUACUGGUACCUGCUGGCCCUGACCACCUCUGACAUACUCACCCAGGUCUUCAUUGUCUUUGUGGGCUUCAUCCUGCAGACAGCCAUCCUGGCCCGGGCGGUUCCCAGUGCCUUCAUCCACACUGUCAAUGUGCUGGAGUUCACGGCCAACCAUGCCUCCAUCUGGGUCACCGUCCUUCUGACCGUGGACCGCUACGUGGCCCUCUGCCACCCGCUGCGGUACCGUACCGUCUCCUACCCACAGCGUACCCGCAAAAUCAUUGCGGCCGUCUUUGCUGUGGCACUGGCCACAGGCAUCCCUUUCUACUGGUGGCUGGAUGUGUGGCGUGAUGCUGACCCCCCCACGGCCCUGGACAUGGUGCUCAAGUGGGUGCACUGCGUCACCAUCUACUUCUUGCCCUGCAGCAUCUUCCUGGCCACUAAUUCUAUCAUCAUCUGCAAGCUGAAGCAGCGGAGGUGCUCAGGGGGUGGGCGACCCCACCUAAGCAAGACCAUGGCCCUCCUCCUGGCUGUCACCACCACCUUCAUAGUGCUCUGGGCUCCCCGGACCAUCGUCAUGAUCUGCCACCUCUACGUGGCCUCAGUCAAGAGGGACUGGCGUGUGCACCUGGCCUUGGACAUCGCCAACAUGGUGGCCAUGCUCAACACCACCCUCAACUUCUUCCUCUACUGCUUCGUCAGCCAGACCUUCCGUCGCACAGUGGGCGAGGUGCUCCGGGUCCACCUCCGGCACAGCCCCAGGUCUGGCAGUGGUCGCUUCCCACCUCCAGCCCUGAAACCACUGGAGCUGCUGGCCAGCACAGCCCUCUGAGCUGGAGCUGCUGCCAGCCGGGACUGCUGCCAGCCAGAGCAGCACUCAGCUAGGGAUCCCAGUGCUCACCCAGCCCCAUGCAUCGCCCUGGGGCCUGGCGAGACCCUGGCCUGGGGACACUGCCCCUGCAACGCCCGCCCUCCGCAGAGCUGGGCAUUAACGCAGGUGCUGGUGGUAGUGACGAGAGGAGGCGGUUGUGCCCAGCUGUCAGGUUGCGCUCUUUUGGGGCCAUUGGGCUGUCCUGCCUGGUGGCAGCACCCGCUGCACCCCAGGGACCCCUGCCCACUCCCUGAGCCCCACUGGGAGAGGCAGCUCAGCCCUGCCUGUGCUCAGUCCCUCAGUUGGUGUUCGGGCCCUGAGGAAACUCAGCCACGAGGCAUCAAAGACAUGCCCCAGCUCAGUGGCCGAGCUGUUGCCUGCUCCACACAUACCCCCAGGCUGGGCUCCUCACUGGCCCUGCAGCUGUGGUGUUCAUGGGGCUUCCAUGGCUGGCCAUGACCAAGGAGUGUGGCCAUGUUCUCGGCUGCUCUCCUGCAUCAGCUCCAGCCCAUGCUGAACCAACACACCGAAGGUCCUGGGAAACCCAGCGGGCAUGGCUGCCCUGUGGUGAGGGGUGAUGGGUGCAGGUGAGUUCCUGCAGGCCCUGGCAGGGGCAUGGUGCCCACUGGGUGCCUGUGGGACAGUUGUUUCUCCAUAAACUGCUGUGC